AUGGGGAUCAUGGCGAUCGCGAGCAAGAUUCAGCCGUCGCAGUUAGCCGAGGAGCAGAGAAACGUGCCGCGCCUGUGGAAGCAGUUGGGGAGGGCUACCGAAACCAGUCACGGAUCUCCGACCGACAGCGACGUCGAGGAGGCAGAGGAGAAAAUGCUGGUGCUCAAGAAGGCCUACCCACAUCCCCUGCUCCCCGGGAUGCUCGAGAAGUUCCCGGCAAUCAUCGAGCCCACUCAAUGGUGGCCUAAAAUUCAACCGAUGAAAUUCCGAGCAGGAUCCGGUAGCAACAGGUGGAGCAAAGAACUAGAAGAGAAGCUGAAGGGAGCACUCAGAGUACUAAAGGCCUUGGCCACGGCAGGGCCUCUGUCCGCCGGCACUGCUGCGAUAAGCUCCCGUUUGAUGGGUUCCCCUACUCUCGGCCCAGCGUCGGCAUUUGUGAGCAUCGUCGGAGGUGUGCUUGCAGCGACGACGAACACGUUGGAGCACGGGGCAAGUGGGGAUGGUGUUAUAGGAAUAAUAGAGAUAAAUUACGGAUGA